AUGCUUUAUAAUAGUUUUUUUAAGACAAAGAAUUAGAGUCCAUAUUCUGGAAAACCAAAGCAACAAUUACGUUAGAGUUCUUUUGAGAAACCUAAAAAAGAAAGAUUACGAUUACAGUUAUCUAGCAAAAUAGAUAAAUUUGAAAAAGAAGCAAUUUUAAGUGUUGUUAAUUCCAAAAAGAAAUCAAUAAGCAAACGAUUUGUAAUACUUUUGAUUAAAUUAGAAAACAGAAUAAGGAAUUGAGAUAGUUGAUGAUUCCUUAAAUUUAGAUUCAUGCAUUCCAAAUUCACAAUCUAAAUCACGAUCCUUUAGCAAUGCAUUUCCUUCGAAUAAGCAUGCUGAUAAAAAAAACAACAUUUUGAAUAGUACUAGUAAAAGGCAAAAAAGUAUAAAUUAAAAGCAGACCCUUGAAGAUGAUGAAAAUCCAGAUAAUUUUCCAUAAUAAUUUCAAAAGAUUAAGCUUCUUGGAAAGGGUGGGUUUUCUUUGGUUUGGUUAGCUGAACAUAAAACAACAAAAGUGAGAGUUGCAAUAAAAUAAAUAAAAUAGUCUAACUCUAAUCAAGCCUAUUUACGUGAAAUUUGGUUUGGAUCUCAUUUUUUUGACAACGGAAAUCCUAAACCUUAAUUCAAAUCAUUUUAAGGAAUAAAAAGUUUAUUACAAUAUUUGGGAUAUGAAAUUGGAUGUAAAGAUACAUGGAUUUUCACAGAAGUAUGUGGAGAAAGUUUAAAAAAUACUCUUUAUGAUCUAAAAGGAUAAUCUAUAAAGAAUGAAAUUGUAUUUAAAGUAAUUAAUAAUGUCAAUAUUCAAGAUGAUCUAAAAACCAUUAUAUUUAAAUUUAAAAUCGGAUCUUAGAAUUCUAAAAAAGAUUAUUAAAGAUAUAGCUUAUGCCUUAAUUUUAUUGAGUGAAUAGCGUAUUGUUCAUUGUGAUCUUAAAACUGAAAAUAUACUCAUUAAAAAAUCUAAAUGUCUAAAUGGAUCUUAUAUAAUUACUGAAACUAAGUUAAUUGAUUAUGGAAGUAGUUUUCUAUUUGAUGAUCUCACAUAAUUUUCUAUGGCAACUCCUGAAUAUAUGUGUCCUGAAAUUUUAAAUUAUAUUCAAUAUGAAAAUGGAAAGAACUAUGAUUCUAAAUUAUUUAAAGUCUUAUCAAAUUACUAUAAACCAUGGGUUAUAGAUAUUUGGUCAUUGGGAUGUGUAAUUUUAGAAAUUAUUUAUGGAAUCCCUCUUUGGUUGAACAAUAAAAUUAUUGUGAAAUAUCAUGACAAGGAAGUAAUUGAGCAAGGUUUAUUUGCUGUUAAAAAUAGAGCAUUUGAACAAAUUAUAUAAAAGCAAGCUCAUGUUGUGAAGAAUUUAGAUUAUUAUUUAGAUAACAACUAUUCUGGUAUUUUUAAGAUUACAAUUUUAGGAAUUAAAGUUGAUUUAGAAAUUAGACUUUUGCUAAGAGAAAUGCUUACCAUUGAUCCAGAUAAAAGGAUAGCUCCUCAUACCAUUAUUGAAUUUCUUUAACCUACUAAAGAAAGAAUGAAAACUGAAUGA